AUGAGAGGCAUGUGUGAUGCAUGGGUUGACCCCGACACUGGGCACGCAUUGGAUCAGGCGAACCAGGAUUUGUGUGAAUUAACACUUAUAGCAUUACAUUUUAAGCAUGGAAUCCCAUGGAAGACAAUUAAUGGAAGCAUAGAAGUUGUGGACGAUGAAGAAGAUGGCGUACUGUUAUAUAUGAGGUGUAUUUUAGUAAAUAUAUUCAUGAAACAAAUCAUGGGCAUGAAUUGUUUACAAGGGCCUGGUGCACAGUUUGCAUUCAGUUUAGCGGAUGGAGUUUUGGAAGGUUUCGAAAAGAAGAAGGUCGGUAAUAUUGCUUGUGAAGAGAAGGAUGCAGGAGAGGGAGGUGUUAAGGGGGUAAAGGCGAAAGAUAGAACUUUUUGGCAAAUAAUGGAAAGAUGGUUUGAAAGGAAUAUGCGCAGAGUAAAGGAUGGGGAUACGGGAGUAUUAGGGAAGGAUUGCAUGGUACAAAAAAAAGCAAGACAGGGAGGAAGGGACGAACAGUUGGGUGACUUGACAGAGAAGGUAAAAAAACAAAUGGAAGAGGUUGGCCACGAUAUGGGGAACAAGGUAGAGAGAAUAUUACCGCAGGUAAAAUCAUGUACAACUACAGAAUGUGUGAAGAGUAUAAUAGACGAAGAGCAGAAGCAGGACUCUGUUCCGCAAGGUCCACAUGUAAAAGGAGACGGACAGUCGGGAUCACCGCCCGGCAAACCCGCCCCUGCCAAACCCGGACCACCACCUGUCGACAACGCAGCCGGCGAACAGCCGCACAAACCAGCACCAGCCAAACCAGCACCUCCUGCCAAACCAGUAGCGGGGAAACCGGCGGAGGCAACGAAUACGGACGGGGCGAAGCCGGGGAAAACCAAAGAAGACGAUUGUCAGGGGGACAAAGUCUGGGACUGGAGGCACAGGGACAUAUACGUCGUGCAGAAUUAUACGGAUGAACACUGGACCAAGGUACAGAAGGUGUUGAAGGAAUUUAUUAAAUAUUUGCAAAAGAAUAAUGAUAACUUUGACUCCCAUGGUGCCAACUGUGAUAAUGCAGGUUGGAAUGAUUUCGACGACGUUGCAUACUAUACGGGACAGAGAGUAGCGGAUAUGAUGCGCUGCCGACUCAUGUCCGGUGCGUUGUGGUUCGCAAACGGAGGUCAUGGAGGUGAAGUGAAUGAUGAAGAGCUCAAUAGGUUAAGAUGUGAAAUAGCAAAUGUUUUUGGACACUUGCUGAGAAAAAUGUAUUGUAAAGAUCAGCAAAACUGGUAUAGAGGUGUAGAAUAUGCUUGGGAAACAUUCCAGAACAUGGGGGAUGAGACAUUGGGAAACGGGGCACUAAAGGGUCCUGUUACCGAGAAGAGGUGCACAAUGUGUGGAUAUGUAGGUAACAGGAAGAACGUGGAAGCAGUAGAUUUGAAGAUUGCAUACUGGCUAAUGCAGGAAGGGGGCAUAAGCGAAGAAAUAAGAACACUAGAACGCGAAAUGCAGUGUAAUCAGAAUUGGGAAAAGUAUAUUAAUAAGCACGCAGACAAAGAAGAGAACGAUAUCAACAAAAUUUUGACCAUAGAGGGCAUGAAGGAAAAGAAGAGACUGGACCAGACGGUACUACAGAAAGCAGAAGACGUGUUUGAGAAAGCAAAGAAGAAAGUAGACGCAGUAAUUCAAAAAAAGCAAAAGGAAGGUAUACCAAGUGCAGGAUCAGCAGUGAUGGACUCCGCAGCAGGGUCCACAACGACCACACGACCCGGAUCGAAACCACAAGCACCGGCAUCCCCAGUAUUGCCAGCACGACCGCCACCACCUCCUCCACCACGUAGACCAUCCACACCAACACAAGGUCCACAGGGAGUCGGAUCACAGGGCGCUGGAAUCGGCACAUCCCCCGCGACUACGACUGCGGAUUCGCAUGCAACAUCUCCAGGUAAGGCGACAUGUCUCGGUAGUAGCGGCAAGUCUACAGGUGUCUCCAUUAGUUGCGCAAGUACCUCAGACAGUGAUCUUGGGCUGACGGAUGAUGUUCGGAAACUCCUGGAGGCACAGGACACGAGAGCGCACGCGCCCCGCAGUUCUAACCCAAGUUCAGAGACAGGCGAUGCCGUCGUUGACGGCGGCAACGAUGACCCCCCUCCUCUCAAUCCACCCAAACCAAAACCGAACCCAAAUCCGGACGAAGCGGGGUCAACUGGUUCCUGUACCGCGAACAGUCAGGAUGGAAAACUCUGUUCGAGUGCUGGUGCAAUACCUGAUGGUCAGGGUGCAAGAAGUUCUGGAAGUGGAAAUGAGGAGGAAGGUGUAGGGGAAGAUCCUUCGGGUACAAACACUAUCCCCAACCCUUGGACUUCACAAUCUGAUUAUAACAAAAAAGGAUGUAAUGACAAUGAUAAAUCAGGAUGUGACCCUGGACUACUACUGAACGAGCUGCCCGGUUCACUCAGCCUAGGAGAGGGAUUUGUACCACCAACAGGAACAGACAGAAUCCCCGGUUCUAAAGUGGAACUCCCAAAUCCGUCGGAAGAUAACGGCCACUUCUUUCCCGACCUAAUGGACACCGUCCUUACCGCCAUUACCCCCAUCCUGUUUUUUCUCACUUCGGUCGCCGUCGCCCUACUGGGUUAUUCCCUUUGGAAAUACUUUGCGUACCUCGGAAAAAAACGACGACGCAUAUAUCGAACCGUUCGUGACGUGCCGUCAUCGCCACUAGACGAAGAAAUAUUGGAGCAUCUACAACGCGGCGAGGCUCCACCACCCGAUUACGGGUACACGAUGAUUAGGGAUAGGCAACCUGCGUCAACAUCCGCCCGACGACGACGACGCCCUCCACGUGUGCAUAAACGCACGAUCAUCGAGCUACACUUAGAAGUGCUCAACGAAUGUGAAGUAACCGAAUGGGAAAAUGUCCAAGACGCCUAUUUGCAGAUUGUCGUGGAGGAGUUUGCGCAGGAUUUGAUGCGGGACGCCACGGGGUAUAGUAGUGUCCCGGAUGCUCCUAUCACAAACCAGGAUUUAUCAGGGCACAAUGUUUCAUCCACUGAGUCCGACGGAACGAACGCAUCUCAACGUAACGCAGAGCACCCUGAUCCAUGGAGUUGUAUGGAAACCAUACAGUUAGAAAGGGACCGUUGUGCACCUAACAAAGAGGACCCCGAUCCAUGGAAGUGUAUGGAAACCAUACAGUUCGCAACGGACACUUCUCCACCUACUGCUCAUGACCCCGAUCCAUGGAGUUGUAUGCACACUAUACCGUUAGAAACGGACACUUCUGCACCUAAUGCAGAUGACCCCCAUCCAUGGAGUUGCAUGGAAACCAUGCAGUUAGCAAAAGACCCUUGCCCACCGAAUGACUGGGAUCCAUGGCGUUGUAUGGAAAACAUACAGUUAGAUGCACCAUACAGUCGUGCCCCUACUGUUCCGGGGGACGCGACGUCCGCCUGCAUCCAUUGGAUUGACCGCAACAAAGAUAUUUUACGGGCGUGCACGACGCAGCCGUGGUUUCUGCAAUUAACAGCGGAUUGCAAACAACAUGCGCGUGAGCACAUGGCGGCAAACGGAGCAUCCGGUGAGCACAGGAAAGCCGCAACCAUGGAAAGGAAGAAAUUGGAUGCAUGGAAAGAAUGGGUCUCGAAGCAACAUAACGACAUGGCAAGGUAUAAGGCAGAACAGUGGUUCCAACAUUUGUUGAAUAAUGUAGAGGAGCAGACAGUGUCGGACAAAGGCCAAGUACCUGGAGUCGACACCGCCUUAGCAGUGGAACAAGUCAUGGGCACAGAAGAUAUGCUACGCGUGACAGAUUUACCACGCACGCAAGCACUGCAUCCGCAACCUUACAUGAAACAACCGUUAACCGCUAAAAUAUGGAUACUGAUCCUGGCAUUAGUCAUAGAACAGUGCGAGGUCGAAUGUCGUUUGCAGCAGACGUAG